AUGGAGAGAUUCUCAUUCUCCUUUCUAUUUUUCAUCAUUCAUCUACUUUUUCUCAUAACUCCUCACUCAGCUAGAUCACAAAACGACGAUUCAAAACCACUUUUAGCUCUCAAAUCCUCCAUUGAUAUUCACAACAAACUUCCAUGGCUACAACAAGUAAACGACGACGUUUGCACUUGGGUAGGUGUCAAAGACUGUUUCCAAGGAAGAGUUAGAAAGUUAGUACUUGAGUAUUUCAACUUAACCGGGAAAUUAGAUUCAGAAAUUUUAAACCGUUUGGAUCAACUUCGAGUUCUUAGCUUCAAAGGAAACUCACUCUCUGGUCAAAUCCCUAAUCUCUCGAAUCUCGUUAAUCUUAAGUCUAUUUAUCUUAACGAUAACGAUUUCUCCGGCGAGUUUCCUGUUUCGGUUUCGCUUCUUCAUAGAGUCAAAGUUAUUGUUUUAUCCGGUAAUAAAAUCUCCGGCAAGAUUCCGGUGUCGUUGCUUAAGCUUUCUCGGCUCUAUGUACUGUACCUGCAAGAUAAUUUGUUUACUGGUUCGAUUCCGAGUUUUGAUCAAACCGGACUUAAGUACUUGAAUGUCUCGAAUAAUAGACUCUCCGGCGAGAUUCCGGUGACAACCGCAUUGAUCCGAUUUAAUGCGUCGUCGUUUUCAGGAAACUUGGAGCUCUGCGGUGAGCAGAUCCACCGGGAAUGCAAAAAUAGCACUCUGUUAUCGCCACCGCCGUUGGGAGUGGGUCCCGUUGGAGGAAACACGAAAACGACGUCGUCGAAAUCGAACCGUACGAAACUGGUCAAGAUAAUUGGAGGAAGUGUUGGUGGAUUUGUUUUGUUGUUAAUUUGUUUAAUUUUACUGGUGUGGGUAAUUUGCAAGAACCGUAGGAAGAGAGUGGGUGCUUCUGGAGCAAGAAGGAACAACAAGGGUAAUGCUGACGUGGCAGCUACAGAAGGUGAAAAUCCCGGAGAAGGAGAGGGUAGAGGAAGUAAUUACGAGGCGAAACAAGGAAGUUUUGCUUGGGAGAAUGAGGGUAUAGGAAAACUGGUGUUCUGCGGAGCAGGGGAUCGUGAAAUGGGUUAUAGUUUAGAGGAUUUGCUUAAGGCUUCAGCAGAGACAUUAGGGAGGGGUAUUAUGGGAAGUACGUAUAAAGCAGUGAUGGAAUCAGGUUUUAUUGUUACUGUUAAGAGGUUGAAAGAUGCUAGGUACCCUGGGUUAGAGGAGUUUAGGGCACAUAUAGAUUUACUUGGAAAGCUUAGACACCCUAAUUUGGUCCCACUUAGGGCUUAUUUUCAAGCUAAAGAAGAGCGUCUUCUUGUCUAUGAUUAUUUCCCCAAUGGAAGCCUCUUCUCUCUUAUUCAUGGAUCGAAAACAUCUAAUGGGGGAAAACCUCUUCACUGGACAUCAUGUCUUAAAAUUGCAGAAGAUCUAGCAACAGGCAUUCUCUAUAUCCACCAAAACCCUGGCAUGACACACGGAAACCUGAAAUCUUCUAAUGUGUUACUUGGUUCUGACUUUGAGUCCUGUCUCACUGAUUAUGGUCUCAACGUGUUCCUCAAUCCCGACACAAUGGAUGAACCAAGUGCCACUUCUUUUUUCUAUAGAGCACCUGAGUGCCGCAGUUUUCAACGGCCACAAACCCAAUCUGCUGAUGUGUACAGCUUUGGUGUCCUUCUCCUUGAGCUUUUGACAGGAAAAACACCCUAUCAAGACCUUGUUCAGGCACACGGUUCAGAUAUACCUAGAUGGGUUCGGUCAGUACGUGAAGAAGAGACCGAGUCCGGAGAUGAUCCAGCCUCAUCAGGCAAUGAAUCUUCUGAAGAGAAACUUCAAGCUCUUUUGAACAUUGCAAUGGCAUGUGUUUCAGUUAGUCCAGAGAAUAGACCUACAAUGAGAGAAGUUCUAAAGAUGAUAAGAGAUGCAAGAGGGGAAACUCAUGUCUCAUCUAAUAAUAGUAGUGAUCAUUCACCUGGUAGAUGGUCAGAUACUGUUCAAAGCUUGCCAAGAGAUGAACAUCUUAGCAUAUAA